AAGACGGUAAGACCCUCUCUCUCUCCCUCCUCUCUUUCUGGAAUAUUUGUCUCUGCCUCUUGACUCUUGCCCAUUUCCUGCGGGAAUCUCUCUUUACAGAAUCUACACUCUACAAAUUUCCCACAUCAUAAAACCCAGAUUAGAGAGUGAGAGAGAGAGAGAGAGAGAGCAAGAGAGAGCGACAGAUUGGUAGAUUUUCUCUCUCUACUUGGAGAUAAAACAGAGCCAAUUGAACAAGAAAUGGUGAUAGCGGGAGCUUGCCAUUACGUUGAGUAGUUAAAGAGUGAAGCUUUGGGCCUUGGUCUGUUGUUUUUUCGCUGAAAUCGAUGAUUUAUCUUUUGGAAAUGGUAAUCUGUUUCUUGGUUUUGUAGUAGAGGUACUACCGAGGGGUAUUCGAUCAGUCAGAGAGGUUCUCUCAAGAGUAAUAAAGAAUUGGAGCGAAGCCUUAAUAAUAAUAAAAUGAUGUCGACGGGAAUCAACUUGGUGAUGACGGUGAUAGGGUUUACGGUGAGUACGAUGUUCAUCGUCUUCGUGUGCACCAGGCUCAUUUGGGCUCGCAUUCUAGUCAGUGCUUCCAGACGCUCCUUAUCGGUUUCUCCUAGAUCUGAUCUUGCUUUAUUGGAACGGGGUUUACAUGGCCUUGAGCCUCUUGUCAUAGCCAACUUUCCUAUGCAGAAGUACAAUGAUACAUAUUUUUAUUCUUCAGAAGAUGCUCAAUGCACGGUUUGCCUUGCUGAAUAUCACAAGGAAGACAUACUGCGUGUCCUUCCUUACUGCGGCCACUCCUUCCACGCGACAUGCAUAGACAAAUGGCUGCAGCAGCACUCAACAUGCCCCGUGUGUAGAAUUUCACUUCGCGAGUUACCUGAGAAGAAGCAAAUGCAACCAAUGUUCAGCUCAGCUGUCCGAUUCCAAUAUGACACUGUAUCCCUCGGCGCAAAUUCGUGUCACUGUUUGUCGACUGGCCAGAGGGUUGGACCCAUCCAGGAGAGAGGAGGGGUAGCGGCUGGAGAGACCGUCUCCAUCUUGAUUGAGGGUAGCCGAACCGUAAAAGAUUCGGGAAACAAACAUGUGGAGAGCCCAUCUGAUACUUAAAAUCAUAACGGUUCCAGUUCCUGGAAUCCGUGCUUCAAGAUAUGGAAUUGGGAAAUGGGUGAAUCUGAAAAGUUGGAACUGAUUUUGUACCAGAAGUUGAUUCUUUUUUCCUUGUGGCCUGCUGUACAUAUUAACAUACCGAUUUAUUUUCCUCCUUUUCCCCUCUUCUUCUUCUUCUUCUUCUUUCACAUUUUCCCUCCCUAUCACUCUUUUCCUAUUUUAGAGAGCUGGUUUUUAAGCAGUUUUGCUAGUUCAAUUGUAAAACCUGGGCAGCUGUUUUUGUUCUUCA